AGGCAAGGCAGUGCAUUGUGUUAAUGGAGCCAAUAUAGAAAACAAAGAAAAAGUUGGGGCUAGCAGCAGAAACGGCUUUCAUGGAGCUGCGCAGCUCCCGAAAAAGCUCACAUAUAUAUGCCGAAUGUGAGUUCGCACAGUCGCUGCUAGCGUAUCAGCUGGAAAUUUAUAGAAAGUGCAAAGCACAACAAAGCACAGGAUGUUCGCCUCUAUCUUGGAUAUAUUACGGACGAGUCCACAGGAUCAUAGGGAAUGGCCAUGUUAAUAAUAUUGAUGUCAUUGUCGUGAAUAGCAUAGCAGGAACGCCUGAGUCGCCACCGUCCAUUUCCGAUCUCGACUGAGUCUGUCGUUGACGAAGCCUGUGCAGC